AUGGGUCUCGCAGGAACAAAAGUCAAACAGAGAUUCGGCCUCGACCCCCGCAACACCAACUGGUCCAACAACGACACCCAAUUCGGGCACAAGUACCUCUCGAAAAUGGGCUGGCGCCCCGGGUCCGGAUUGGGGCUCGUGCCCGAUGCCGUAACGACCCACGUAAAGGUCCACAUCAAGACAGACAACAGCGGGCUAGGUGCCAGAUUGCAGAAGGCUGACGCGGACAAGGACUUGGACGAGUGCAGUGGUCUCGAUGCGUUUCAGCGGAUCUUGGGCCGGUUGAAUGGUAAGGAGGACAAGGUUAAUCGGAUGAUGGAUCUUAAAAGGAAGGAUGAGAUCAUUGGUGGCAAGUGGGGGGUGCGGUUUGUCAAGGGGGAGACUUUGCUGAGUACGUGGGAUCGGGAGAAUCGAAAGUUGCUUUCCUGUGGGAAUGGCAAGAAGCGGGAAGGCGAGGUGGGAGAGGCGGAUGUGUCGAGGAAGAAGAGGAAGAGGAGCCGUAGCGGGGAUCCCGAGAAGGAAGUGAGUUCCGGCGGGGAGGAGCAUGCCGCUGUAGAUAUGCCAGCUGACGACAACAGCGACAAAAAGGAGAAGAAGGAAAAGAGGGAAAAGAAGAGCAAGCUGGAGAAGAAGGUUAAGCUGAAGAAGGAACCAAAGGAAAAGUCGGACAAGAAAGUCAAGAAAGAAAAAAAGCACAAGCGGUCGAAGCACUCUGCAUCGGAAAGCGACACCACCACCACCGAGGAACGCGCCACAAGUUCCCCAACUCUAUACAUCUCAGACCUAGACUCCUCCUCCACCAGAGAAUCCACCCCGACACCGAUAGCAUCGCGGUUAUCAGCGAGGUCAAAAUGGAUCAAGCAAAAGAGGGCAUCAGUGAUGGACGCAAAGGCUCUAAAUGAGAUAUUCAUGAUAUCAAAGUAA